GCCAUAACAACGGCGGGGCCGCCGGCGCCAGGCUCGGCCUCGACUUUGGGGGUUAUUCCUCAACUACUCCCGUUCCUCCCAUCCCCCUGGGGUCGUGCCCACCCCGUGCUGGGGCCCCUGGGACAGCCCGGGACGCGCAACGCGGCCACUGCUCCUCAAGCUGGGAAUAAACAUCCCCCGCUCGGCUGCGCUGCCGUGGGUGUUGGGGAUGGGAGCGCGGAGAGGGCUUUAACCCCUGAGCGCCUGUUGUUUCUCCGCCCGCAGCCCCAGAGCCGCUGCCAGAACCGCAGGUUCCUCCCGCAGACAGCACCGACGUGUUCGUGCCUUACAUGAGAAGUGCCCGACCCCGGCCCCAAACAGGAAUGGUCACGGACCGGCACCUCGGCCCUGCCACCGCGCUGCUGUGAGUCUGAAGAGUGGUGGUAACUCCACAGGAAAGUUAAAUGUCUUCAGAGGACAAGGAAGCUCAGGAGGAUGAGCUGCUGGCUCUGGCCAGCAUCUAUGAUGAAGAUGAGUUUAAGAGAGCUGAGUCCGCCCAAGGAGGAGAAACAAGAAUUUGUCUGGACUUGCCUCAAGACUUCAAAAUUUUUGUGAGUGGUUCAGGCAGUUCCACAGAAAGCCUCCAGAGCAGUGGGUUCGAGUACUCCGUGUGCUUCCUGCCUCCCCUCGUGCUGAAUUUUGAGCUCCCACCUGACUACCCAUCGACGUCCCCACCAGUGUUCACCCUCAGUGGGAAAUGGCUCUCCCAGGCCCAGCUCAGCGCUCUUUGCAAACACUUGGACAAUGUGUGGGAAGAGAAUCGAGGCUGUGUGGUCCUGUUUGCCUGGAUGCAGUUUCUGAAGGAAGAAACACUGAGUUACCUGAAUAUUUCAUCCCCAUAUGAGCUAAAAAUGUGCCCUCAAGGGAAAGCACAGAACCGGACGCAGUUGGGGCCUCUCGAUGCUGGGAAGGACUGUGGGGGUGCAGCAGGCUCUGCCACAGCUGAGGAGGAAAUCAUGGAUGCCAGAGCUGUGCAGGACGUGGAGUCCUUGUCAAGUCUCAUCAGGGAAAUCUUGGACUUUGACCAGGCCCAGAGGAGAAAGUGCUUUAACAGUAAGAUGUAUUUGUGCAAUAUCUGCUUCUGUGAGAAGCUGGGCAGCGAGUGCAUGCACUUCACCGACUGCAGCCACGUGUACUGCAAAGCCUGCCUGAAGGACUACUUUGAGAUUCAAAUCAGGGACGGGCAGGUCCACUGCCUCAACUGCCCCGAGCCCAAGUGUUCUUCUGUCGCCACUCCUGGCCAGGUGAAGGAGCUGGUUGGAGAGGAGCUGUUUGCCCGCUAUGACCGACUGCUCCUGCAGUCCAGCCUGGACCUGAUGGCCGAUGUGGUUUAUUGCCCCCGCCCGGGCUGCCAGACCCCCGUGAUGCAGGAGCCCGGCUGCACCAUGGGCAUCUGCUCCUGCUGCAACUACGCCUUCUGCACCCUCUGCAAGAUGACCUACCACGGGGUGUCUCCGUGCAAAGUCACUGCAGAGAAAUUAAUGGAUUUACGAAACAGCUAUUUGGAAGCAGACGAGGCAACUAAAAGAUUUUUGGAACAGCGCUAUGGCAAGCGAGUGAUUCAGAAAGCCCUCGAGGAGAUGGAAAGUAAGGAAUGGCUGGAAAAGAACUCCAAGUCUUGUCCUUGCUGUGGAACUCAUAUAGAGAAGCUCGAUGGCUGUAACAAAAUGACGUGCACAGGGUGCAUGCAGUACUUCUGCUGGAUCUGCAUGGGCUCUCUGUCCAGGGCCAACCCCUACCGGCACUUCAAUGACCCUUCUUCCCCCUGCUUUAACAGAUUGUUUCAAGCCAUGCACAUUGAUGAUGGGGAGUUCUGGGAAGUUGAAGAUGAUGACCAGUAGCUUUCUCCAGCAACAAAAGGUGAACAAACCAGAGACAGA